GCUCAUAGGCGUCGAUUUUCUUUCAGAGCCAAGUGACAGACUGGGAGCGAGCACACCCGAGCGCGAGACGGCGGAGACACGCCGCGCAGACCACAACUUACACCUUAAGACUAGUCCAAGCAUCUUAGCUGUCGGACUUUUACUAUGAGGGAGGGAUGCUGGAUGCUAAACCAGGGGAGAGACGUUCUCUCAUCCGUAAUCGUAGCGAUCAAUCAGCACGCGCCCCGUUUAUUAGUGACUAAAUAGGCUCGCGGGUGGGGAAAAAAAGAAGAAAAGGUGUGGGUUUGGAAAGGAAAGAAGGUUAAAAAAAAAAGAGGUAAGGAAGUAUGCUCCGAGGAUGAUUUCAGCCAAGAAAACUCCGGAGAAGAGCCGUUACCGUCUCCAUUAUCUCGUUUGGCACAACAAACACCGGCAGUUGGAGAAAGAGCUCUCUGCGAGCGAGCAGGUGGACUUGGAAGUGCUAGACCCACGGGGUCGCACUCCCCUGCAUCUGGCUGUGACCCUCAACCACCUGGAAUGCGCUCGGGUGCUGCUACACUAUGGCGCUGAUAUUAGCAAAGAAAACAGCAACGGCUGGACAGUUUUGCAGGAAGCCAUCAGCCUGCGUGAUGCUCAGCUGGUGCGGCUUGUCUUGUGUCACAGAGACUACCAGCGCACCAUUAAGAGACUGGCAGGGAUCCCCAGACUACUAGAAAGACUUCAGCAGGCACAAGACUUUUAUGUGGAGAUGAAAUGGGAGUUUACAAGCUGGGUGCCACUAGUGUCUCGAAUCUGUCCAAGUGACACAUAUCGAGUGUGGAAAAGUGGCCAGUGCCUUCGAGUGGACACAACACUUAUGGGGUUUGAGCAGAUGACUUGGCAGCGAGGCAACCGCAGCUUCAUCUUCAAAGGACAAGACUCCAAUGCCAUGGUGAUGGAGGUGGACCAUGACAGACAGCUGGUGUUCUGUGAGACACUCCCAUGUCUACCAUCCUCUCCCUCCUCUCGUCCUCAAAGCAAUGCUCUCAGUCUGUUGGGCGUCCUGCAGCCCACUGAUGAGCAGGUGGCUGCUCGGAUCUCUGCCCCAGUGGUCACAACUCAGCUAGACACCAGGAACAUUGCUUUUGAAAGGAACAAGACAGGCAUUCUCGGCUGGCGAAGUGAGAAAACAGAGGUGGUGAAUGGCUACGAAUCCAAGGUGUACUGCGCCUCCAAUGUAGAGCUGAUCACUCGAACACGAACCGACCACCUCCCCGAACAGCACAAAUCCAAACCCAAAAGCAGUAAAACACCACUUCAGUCCUUCCUGGGUAUUGCUGAGCAGCAUAUGGGAACUACCAAUGGGCAAACAAUGGUGACCCAGAUGUCAUGCCCUGUGACGAACAGCAGAUCCAUGACAGCCGAGGAAUACUUUAAUCCAAAUCCAAGUCAUGUCCAAAGAGAUAUUGGUCAGCCUUGCCAUCUCACCACCAAGACACAAAGGUUCAAAGCCAAGCUGUGGCUAUGUGAGUCUCAUCCUCUGUCCCUGGCUGAUCAGGUGGCUCCUAUUAUAGACCUCAUGGCCAUCUCUAACACCCUGUUUGCUAAGCUCAGAGACUUCAUCACCCUGAGACUGCCUCCAGGAUUUCCCAUCAAGAUAGAAAUCCCCAUCUAUCAUAUCCUGAAUGCACGCAUCACCUUUGGGAAUCUGAACGGCUGUGAGGAUGGGGGAGUGGGCAGGACAGAGACAGAUGUAGAGGGACAGAAAGACAGGACAGAGACACCUUCUCCUGGCAGUGACUCGUCCAGUGUGUCAAGCUCCAGCUCAACUAACUCAUGCCAUGGAGGUGAAAUUCCAGCAUCAGUGUUUGAGGCACCACGAGGCUACAGCAUCCUUGGAGGGAACCAGAGAGAGAGCAUGCGGGAGGAGGAGGAUGACCUACUGCAGUUCGCCAUUCAACAAAGUUUACUGGAGGCAGGCUCUGAGUAUGAUCAGGUGACGAUUUGGGAGGCUCUGACUAACAGUAAGCCUGGAACUCAUCCUCUUUCAUGUGACCCCAGCCGCCUGGAAAGAACUCCACAGCACAAACCCAGCCCUGAGUCCAGCUCGGGAAGCACACCAACUAAUGAGACGCCACACAGCUUUGACGAGCAGCUACGUUUGGCAAUGGAGUUGUCAGCACGCGAACAGGAAGAGGCAGAGCUCCGGCAGAGACAAGAGGAAGAAGAGCUACAGCGCAUCAUUCAACUGUCACUGAUGGAGAAGUGACAAAAAUCUGAGCGAGCAAAAAUCAAGGGGUAGGAAGGUAAUGCAGCCAAUGUCUAUUGACUACUGCAAUUCUCUCCUCUCCAAUGUUCAGCCUCUCGUCCUCCAGCAGCCUGUUUGAAGCUCAAGGAUCCACCAGUCACAGAGAGAUCUGUCUCUGUCCACUUUUUACAAGUUUACAGCCACCAACAACUCAGUUCACGGGCAGUUAACUGGCCCUCAUCAGACUCAUGUAUAACUAAUCAGCAAACCUGUAAUAUUUUUUUGUUUUUUCCUUUUAGACAAUUCAGCAGAGCUCACAGCUGUGUCAGGGAUCUCAGCAUCUCUCAUAAAGCCAUUUGUUACCCAGAAAUCCUAGAGUACCACAUUAAGACUCUAAGUCCUCCCACUGAGUUUUACUAAACAUUUGCAUAAAUUUUUUUAUGGAAUUGGAUAAAUUAGGCUGGGUUUUUAUUUGCACAAAAUUUAAUUGCACUCUUAUACAAAGCAUAAGGGAGUUCCUAAUGCUAAGAGGUGCCUGUUAAUGAAACAUGUACAUGUAAAGAAUGUCUGCCUCACAUAGAGGCUAAGUUAGACUGUUGCAACUACUCAAAAUGCACGAUGGAAAAAGCAUGAUCCUGUCUUCAUUUUGGUACCUCAUGUCUGUGCAGCUUCUUUGUAUUUAUUUCAAUGAGCAAGAGAACGGUUUUUACUAGGAAGAUGCAGGACUGCAGUUGCGUGGUCGCUAAGAAGCAGGAAUAAUUUUGUAGGAAAUUUAGCGAGAGCAUUCUGGUCUUUUUCAGGUCGGUAAUAAGGUUAAGUAGAAGUGUACUCAAUAAUAAAUUAGAUCCUCACUGCAAUAUUUAUACUUUGUGUCAUAAACACAGUUUUAAACAGACCAGAAAACAUACAUUAUACUGUAUGUUUUAUACUCAAUAUGGUGCUAUAGUAAUGUAAUUUUUCUUUCCAUGUUAAAAAUAUGUAGUAUGUUAUUUUCUUUUGGAUUUAACAUCUAAGCGAUCUACCCUUUUUAUUUUAUUUUUUUUCUGGCUUCCAUGCAGUGCUUCCCAACCCUGGCCUUCAGAAGCCUCUAGAUUCUUUCAUUCAAACACAGCACUGGAGCUCCUGAUUCAUUCAAUCACUUUACCAACUGUAGGCAGGGGGGUCCAAUCAGGUGCACCAAUGCAGGGAGAAAACAGCAAGGACUAGUUUCUCUGAUCCAGAUGCAGUCUUAAACAAAUACUUAAUCUCAAAUGAAGAAAAACUUAAAUCUCUUAUUGUUCUGACAAUCUGGGUCUAAGCGACUGGCAACAAUUGUAUAAUAAUAGCGAAUAAUACUGACAUAAGAUUCCUUUUAAGCACAAUUUAACACAAAGCAGUUACGCUCAGUGAUUAUAGCCAGUCAAGAAAUGACCAAAGGGCUGUCCAGCAGCAUAGAACAAUAUAGAGAUUAAAUGUAGAUGUAUGUGUAGAGUUAUGAUGAUGAAGCAUAUAAAGAGAGAACUGAGGAUAUAAGGAUUCAGUUAUAUAGAAAUGCUUGAUGUGGUUAUAAAUAUUAACCCAACAUAUUCUAUUGGUUCUGUUUUUUAAUUUUGCACCUGAUAUGAAUGUGGAGUGUUACUAUGGUGUCUCUAUGAUGUGAUAAAACUCACUACAACAACGCUGCUCAAAUUUGUAACCUCAAGAAAGAUUGAAUAAAAGAGAAAAUUUCA